AUGGGUUUUCAUUAUCAUGUUAAAGCCUGGUACGAUUAUGUUGAAGUGAUUGAUGGAGACAAUGCAAAUGGGCGAGUGUGGGGAAAGUUUUGCGGCAAGAUUGCCCCCCAACCUGUGAUAUCUACAGGACCAUACCUCUUAAUCAAGUUUGUCUCUGAUUAUGAAACUCAUGGAGCAGGCUUCUCCAUUCGCUAUGAAAUAUUUAAAAGAGGGCCAGAAUGCUCCAGAAACUUCACAUCUAUGACCGGUACCAUCAAAUCACCAGGAUUCCCUGAAAAAUAUCCCAAUACCCUUGAAUGCACUUACAUUAUCUUUGCACCAAAGAUGUCAGAGAUUAUCCUGGAAUUUGAAAGCUUUGAAUUGGAACCAGAUUCAAAUCCUCCAGGAGGCGCAUUCUGUCGUUACGAUCGUUUAGAAAUUUGGGAUGGAUUCCCAGAAGUUGGUCCUCAUAUUGGGCGAUAUUGUGGACAAAACACCCCCGGUCGUGUCCUCUCAUCAACUGGCAUUCUCUCCAUGGUUUUCUAUACUGACAGUGCAAUAGCAAAAGAAGGCUUCUCUGCAAACUACACUGUUGUCCAGAACAGUGUUUCAGAAGAUUUCCAGUGCAUGGAACCACUUGGCAUGGAAUCUGGUGAAAUUCAUUCUGACCAAAUUACUGCCUCUUCUCAGUAUAACACCCAGUGGUCACCUGAAAGGUCCCGCUUAAAUUAUCCUGAAAAUGGAUGGACACCUGAAAUUGAUUCUACUAGAGAAUGGAUACAGGUAGACGUAGGCGUUCUCCGCUUUGUAUCUGCCAUUGGGACUCAAGGAGCCAUCUCAAAAGAAACUAAAAUAAUGUAUUUUUUGAAAACAUAUCGAGUGGAUAUCAGUUCCAAUGGAGAAGACUGGAUAUCCAUUAAAGAUGGAAACAAUAAACCUUUGCUAUUCAUGGGGAACACCAACCCAACUGAGGUUGUUUAUAGAUCUUUUCCCAAGCCAGUCCUGACACGUUUUGUUCGAAUCAAGCCUGUAAACUGGGAAACUGGGAUAUCACUGAGAUUUGAAAUUUAUGGCUGUAAAAUUACUGAUUAUCCUUGCUCUGGGAUGUUGGGUAUGGUGUCUGGACUCAUCACUGACUCUCAGAUUACAGCAUCAAAUGAAUUGGAUCGGAACUGGAUUCCAGAAAACGUUCGUCUUAUAACAAGCCGUGUAGGGUGGGCACUGCCACCCCCCGUUGGUCACACAUAUACAAAAGAAUGGCUUCAGAUAGACCUUGGUGAAGAAAAGGUAGUCCGGGGCAUAAUUGUCCAGGGAGGUAAACACAGAGAAAACAAGGUCUUCAUGAGAAAAUUUAAGAUUGAAUACAGCUACAAUGGAUCAGACUGGAAAUGGAUUAUGGAUGCCAGCAGAAAGAAGGCCAAGAUUUUUGAAGGUAACACCAACUAUGAUACUCCUGAACUUCGCACUUUUGACCCUUUGACAACCAGAUUCAUCCGUGUUUACCCAGAAAGAGCCACCCAUGCUGGGUUGGGACUAAGAUUGGAACUGCUCGGCUGUGAAAUUGAAGUUCCUACUUCUGCCCCAACCACAGCUGAUACCAACCCUGUGGAUGAGUGUGAUGAUGAUCAAGCCAACUGCUACAGUGGAACAGGUGAUGACUUCCAUUUGGCAGGGAGUACCACAGCUACAAUCACAGAAAAGCCAGUAUCAACUGAUACUACAGUUCAGCCAG